GUUUAUUUAUGACAAUAAUAUUUUUCAUAAUAUAAACAGUACGGAGUUUUCAAUAUUGCGGAAGCUUAACAAUCAUAAUCACAAACAUAAUUUAUUUAUGUUCUUUAAUUCAAAACCAUCACAUCCAUUCCGACAAUCUCGCCUCCGUCUGCCUCCAGGAUCACGUCACUUCAUUAACCUGCGUGUAGCAAAUAAAACAUACUACACGCUCAGCGUUGAAGCUGAGUUAAUGAAGUGACGUGAUCCUGGAGGCAGACGGAGGCGAGAUUGUCGGAAUGGAUGUGAUGGUUUUGAAUUAAAGAACAUAAAUAAAUUAUGUUUGUGAUUAUGAUUGUUAAGCUUCCGCAAUAUUGAAAACUCCGUACUGUUUAUAUUAUGAAAAAUAUUAUUGUGAUAAAUAAAAGUGUUUGAAAUGUUUUAAAUUUUUACGAUUACCAAGUUAAUACUUUAACCUGAAAGGGGCUGCAGACCUGGACAGAUUAGGGUGUUACAGAAAGUUUGUACGAAGUGAUGUCUGGUCUACUUGGUAGUCAUGCUCUUGGUAGCAAUCCAAGGUUCAUGGCUACAGCGGUUGAUCUAGGACGUGAAUUGGUAAGGCGAAAAAUCAGGCUUACCUACGGAGGAGGCAACGUUGGCCUUCAAGGAGCUGUAGCUUCAACAGUCUAUAAUAAUGGUGGUAGAGUCAGAGGUUUCAUACCAGGGUAUAUAGCAACACGAGGGGUCUAUGGACCAACAUAUGGUGCGGAGUACACUGUCUCCAGCAAUUACUAUAAGUAUUUCGAGAUAAAUCAUGUUGUGGAAGCCUUCAUUGUACUUCCUGGAGGGAUUGACACUAUCGAAGAUGAUGCGGUGAGGCAGAACUUCAUGGCUUUGAAUCAGAGGAAACUGUUCAUUUCUUCUUUCUUUGUUGAUGAGCUUUUGGACAAGCUAGAGUUUGCUAAGGCUUUCCCAGGUCCUGGUGCUAGUUAUGAAGAGUUUGCAAAUCUUGGAAGAGAUGUCGAGGAGGAUGCGGAUGCAGGACUUUGAAAAUACUGACUCAAUGAUCCGAAAAUCGUUUUGCUCUGAUACCAAAAUGUAACACCCCAAUCCGUAUAACCUGGAAUUUUACGAAUUAAGGUGAAACGAGAGUUAAUUAAAAAUUUCGCUUGACAUUUGAAAAUGACAAUUUCUUAUAAAUAUAAAAUUUACAGACUCUGGAUCGCGAUCCAUUUAAAAAACAUUUUCAGACUAAUGCGGAAGUACAAUAAUACUCAAAUCAUGACACAUUUAAAAAUCUGAUGAUCAACAUUUGCCUGCCAUCCUUGCAUCUCCUCUGACUCAAUGCCCUCCGGGAGUGGUUCCGUCAUUGUCCUCUUGUUACCUACGUGUAGUCAACGAAAAAUACAAACUACACGCUCAGCGAAACCGCUAAGUGGUACCACGCUAGAAUUGUAGAACAAUUCAUAGACAUAUACAUAUACAUAUAUAUACGUCCACAAAAUGUAUAAAAAUAUUCAUGAUAUGGCACAUUAUAUCAUAUGUUCAAUUUGAUGAUUUAUGAUGGUGGAUAUUUAAUGAUGAUUGCCUGAUGGCAUAUUUAAUCAAUAUAAUUAUUCUUGAUGAUGAUUACAUGACACUUAUGUAAUCAAUAUAAUUGUUCUUGAUGAUGAUUACAUGACACCUAUGUAAUCAAUGUACUUGAUGAUGAUAACAUGAUUUCACAUUUAAUCAAUUUGAUUGUUCUUGAUGAUGAUUACAUGACACCUAUGUAAUCAAUGUACUUGAUGAUG